GGAGGAGGAGGAGGAGGAAAAAGACGACGACGACCAGAACCGUCCCUUCAGGGAUGCGCUGCUGAGACUGAGCCAGCCCAGCGAUGGGGAUGCUGCUGCUGCCCGGAAACCGCGGCUUUUUCCCUAGGCUCUGGGCUGCGCUCCUCCGCAGAAUACGCGGAGAGAAAUCCUGGGCCAGAAAACUUGACGAAACCAACCUGUUGCAACAGAAAAGGAUCUGGGAAUCUCCGCUCCUCCUUGCUGCAAAAGAAAAUGAUGUCUCAGCCAUCCAGAAGCUGAUAGCGAGCCAUACCUGUGACCUUCAUGAACGAGGUGCUGUUGGGGAGACAGCUCUUCAUGUAGCUGCCUUAUACAAUAACUUAGAAGCUGCUCAGCUCUUGAUCAAUGCAGCUCCAGAACUUGUGAAUGAACCUGUGACUUCUGAGCUGUAUGCUGGGGAGACAGCUCUUCACAUAGCUGUGGUAAACAAAAACUUGGGCCUGGUUAAAGCUUUACUUGAGAAAGGAGCGGACGUGAAUGGUCCUCGUGCUACUGGAUAUGUUUUCAGGAGAAGAAGUGACAGUCUUUUCUAUUUUGGGGAACACAUUUUGUCAUUUGCAGCAUGUUCUGGGAGUGAAGCCAUUGUCCAGUUGCUGAUUGAAAAUGGCGCUAAGAUUCGAGUGCAGGAUUCUCUAGGUAAUUCAGUCUUCCACAUCUUAAUCCUCCAGCCUAACAAGGCAUCCGCAUGUCAAAUAUACGAUCUUCUCCUUUGCUAUGACAAGAAAGAGAAGGGUCUGGGAGACCCGGAUGCAGUCCUCAAUUAUGAGGGAUUCACCCCAUUUAAGCUGGCUGGGGUAGAAGGCAACACUGUGGCCCGAAGAAUCCUCGACCUUACUCCUGUGAAUGAGCUGGUAAGCCUGAAGUGGAAUAAAUACGGACGGCCCUAUUUUUGUAUUCUGGCCUUAUUUUACGUCCUGUACAUGAUUUGCUUCACAAUGUGUUGUGUCUACCGACCCCUGAAAGAGCGAAGCUUCAACAAAACAAAUGAAAGAGAUAACACAAUCUAUGUUCAGAAACUUUUGCAGGAGUCUUAUAUUACUUCUGAAGAUAAGCACAGACUUGUUGGUGAGUUGAUCACUGUUGUUGGAGCCAUUGUGAUAUUGAUAUUGGAGAUUCCAGAUACCUUCAGAUUUGGAAUUACCAAGUACUUUGGGCAAACUAUCCUUGGAGGACCUUUCCAUGCCAUCAUCAUUGUGUAUGCCUGCAUGAUUCUGCUGACCAUGGUGAUGCGCCUCACUAGCACCAAUGGAGAAGUUGUACCAAUGUCUCUGGCUCUGGUGCUUGGCUGGUGCAAUAUUAUGUACUUUGCACGAGGAUUUCAGAUGCUUGGGCCCUUUACCAUCAUGAUACAAAAAAUGAUAUUUGGAGACCUCCUCCGUUUCUGCUGGCUCAUGGCAGUGGUCAUCCUUGGGUUUGCAUCUGCAUUUUACAUCAUCUUCCAAACAGAGGACCCCGACGAACUGGGCCAUUUUUAUAGCUAUCCCAUGGCACUCUACAGCACAUUUCAGCUGUUUCUCACCAUCAUUGAUGGACCUGCCAACUAUGAGGUGGACUUGCCUUUUAUGUACGGCAUCACUUAUUCUGCUUUUGCUAUUAUUGCGGCCCUUCUUAUGCUCAACCUCCUUAUUGCCAUGAUGGGGGAUACUCACUGGCGUGUGGCCCAUGAACGGGAUGAACUUUGGAGAGCACAGGUUGUUUCCACUACCAUUAUGCUAGAGCGCAAACUCCCACAAUGUCUCUGGCCUCGCUUAGGCAUCUGUGGAAAGGAAUAUGGGCUAGGUAACCAGAGAUAUCUGAGGGUUGAAGAAUGUUAUGAAAAAAGGCAGAUAUCUGUUAAAACAAAUGGGCCUUACCGAAGAGAUGCCUUUGAGAAGUACCUGCAGAGAAAACAGACCCAAGAUGUUGCAGCUGAUGGAAGAGAUGGUCGAGCAAUUUUGUCCAAAGAGCAGAAGGGCAUUGGUGCUCCUUCAAAUACAGCAAACACUAACAGUCAUUGGAACAUCUUACGGCAGAAUACGCUUGUCCACAAGCAGGGAUAUACCAAUCACGCCAUGGAAGACGAGAAGGAGGAGGAGGUUUAUCAUGUUUGAAUGCAUAGGCCCAAGUACCUCUGUGGAAAGUAACAUAAACUGGGAUAAAGAAACCAACAUUUAACAAAGCAAUGUCUCCAUUCAAAAGUGUAUUUAACAGACUUAAAGGACAGCUUCAGCAUUUUCAUAACACUGCACGCAAUACUUCUGAGAGAGAUGUAUAGAAUAUAUCUUCAUGCUGCUCAGAACAACUGGUCAAAAGAAUGAUGGUGUACAAUUGUUCCCACCAGCUGAAACUCACUCAUACUUAGAAACAGGACAGUGAAAUAUAAUGGUUAAAGAGCUAGAUUAGGACUAGGGAGUCCAACAAUCAAGACCAAUCUCAGCUAUGGGAUGAUGUUAGGUUAGUCUCUCUGCUCUCUGUCAAUCUACCUCAUAGGGUUGCUGUUGUGGGGAUAAAAUCAAGGGAGAUCCUCACAUAGGUUAACUUGAGUUCUUGGAAGAAAGGUGAGCUAAAUGUAGCAUAAUAUUAUAUAUAGAAGUCAAACACUAAUAAAGAUGAAUGCCAAUGUGGAUGUUCAGUGUUAAAUAUUUGCAUUCCAUGGGACAAGUAAACUCUACUUAAAGGCUCCAAAGGUAUGGCUGUGAAUUUAAAACUGGGAAAUUGAUCUGAGAGGUAUAAGGUACAUUUUAACAUAUACUAGACAGCCCUCAUUGUUUCAGAGAUAUUUCCUUACCUAAAAAAGACGAAAAAGCAUUAGGAGUAGGAGUGCCUUCCAAUUUCCUCCUACAUCUUUGUGGCUGACUGCCCUCUAGCAGUUGAUGUUGGGACUCUUCUAUACAGCCUCUGGAGGGAUAGCAUGGUACUGGUCUACCUGAUCUCCAGGGGCCAAAGGUGAGGCCAGUCUACCCAGCCUCCAGAGGACUAGGGCAGGACCAGUCUACUAAACCUCUGGGCAGUGGUGUGGCAGCACUGAAAUGACCAUUCAUGAAACGAAUCAUGGUUCUUGGACUUUGGACACAUUCUGCAAGUUAGCCCUUUUGAGGUAACUUGGUUCAAAAAUUGUUGUUCUAUGAGACACUGUUUUGCCCGAUUAAAGGACACAGACAUAAGAAUUUCAUGGUAUAUAGUAGAUUCAUAAGGAAAAUUUUAAUAGAAUUUUAGUAGACAAUCAAGAAGGUUGCUAGAUCAAGAUGUGUGUGUUUUGUAUUAUGUAUAGCAAAACUUGUAUUAAUUGAACAAAUGGGGCAGGUAGUGUCUGUUAUUCACAACAAUACAAUAAAUAUGCCACUGCAGGGAGUCUUCAACUUAUGAGCCUGGAAUUGCGUUUGUAAGUCAUGUCACAUGACCUUUACCUGAUUUUACAACCUUUUUUGAAAUGGUCAUUAAUAUAAACAUGGUCAUUAGAUGAACGCAGUGUUCAAAUUAAGCAAAUCUCUUGUCCCUAGUGGUUUGUUUGUUUGUUUGUUUUGCCGAAAUGAGAAGUAAACACUGGUUUCCAGCAAAAAAACCAACGGCAUAAAUCUUGUUCACGUGACCAAGGACGUGGCAAAUGGUUGUAAAUGCAGUUUGGUUGUUGAGUGCCCAAAAUAUAAUGAUAUGAUCACAGAGUGCAGGCCAUCAGAACUUUGAAACGAGGUUGUAAGUAGGUCUGUUGUAAUUUUGAAUAGUUGCUAAGUAACUGGUCAUAAGUCAAGAAUCUCUCUAGUAUCACAACAAUUUACUUAAUUUACAUUGUGAAAUCAUGAAACAAAUGAUAUACAUUGAUGAAACUGAUGUCAUUUGCGUGAUUUGUGUGACAAAUAUGUGAUAAAUUUGUAUGACAACGGAUGAUGUAAAUCACCACAGAGAUUUAGUUUGUUACAUGCAAGUUUAAUAUACUAAUAUCUGUUAAAUCAAAGUUCUAUACUAUUGGAUUUUAGUGCUCGUUACAUUACUUUGGAUUUUCUUUAUCCCAGUUUUCUUUCCUUCUUUAUUAUCAUUACUAUCCAACCAUGUUUCCACAAUUGGUUUUGUGCCCACGAACCUCUCUGAUUCAAAUUCUCUGGCACUAAUGUUUGUGGAACACUUGGAGCUUUCCACUUUUGAGUGGAAACUCCAAAAUUUUUCCAAGCAUGGUCAUGAAUAUGGAUCAGCAUUGAAAUGUUAUCGUUGAUCUGUAGGACACAAGAUAUAAAAAGGUCUCUUGAUUCCUCUAAGAACAAAGACUCUUUUUCAGAGCUUCCCAGAAGUCCUUGCAAAUCUUAGAGACUGGAUGGUUGCUUAAAGAACAUUGGUCAGUGCUUGUGGAUAUGGCAAUGAGGAAUAUAGGUUCUCCUUUAUCAUUUAAAUCCUGCACAUUUCACCGAAUUCCUGGCUGGCCUGGCCAAACACAGUGUUUCAUAUGUACCAGAUCAGAACAAGAAAGGAUUUGGAGAAAUAGUUGAGUUGCAUUAUAAAAUUCAAGUACAUUUUACUCUUACUGUGCCAGUAAUAAUAGACAUUAAUCAAAGGGGGAAAGGCAAAAUCAAGAUGGGAGAUAUUGCUGCCCUGUAUAUCUUCCUUCUUCUUCUUCUGAAACCUCUGGUCAUCUUGUGCUUUUUAAUAUUCCCAUUGGAACAUAACCAUUCUUGCACUGUCUAGCUCUAUUUAUGAAGGGCAGCCUCCUUGAAAACAGCAGCCAUCUAGUGGAAAAAAUGCAGGGAAAUUGUGACUCCAUGAUACCAUAUCACACAUGAGCUUUCUUCAUCUUACUGGAGACAAGUAUCAGGGCUCCAGUAGUUACCUCCAUUAACGUCAACUCAUAAAAUAUUUCUGUGGUCUUUUAGAGUUACCAACAAGAAAUGCUGUGGAACUGCCCUCCCCCCUUAUGAAAAUCUUGUUCAACUUGUUGGGAGAAGAAAAUGGACUACUGCUGUUUUGCACAAGCUAAUUUGGCAUUCUAAAAGCAACUUUCUAAAAGCCUUUGAGGAUGAUCUUUAUGAGCAUGUCAAGGAAUUAUGUGAAGCAAUCAAGCCCUAUCUCCUAAGCUGCAUCACUACCAAACCAAAUUUUUCUAUUUUGUUGAAUACAAGGCUGUGGAUUUUGGUUUUAUCUUUCUAAAUCUUGGUUAUAUAUAACUUCACUGUUCACCCAAUCCUUUCAUUGUUCAAACUGCAAAUUAAAGUUAGAAGACAUUGCAGUCCAACUAUACUACAUGUGCAAAACAUUCCAAUAUAUUGAUCAAAGAGUAUAAUAAAGGUUUAUUUGACCUACCUAUCAAAUAAUUUAAUAAAUUAUGUUUAUUUGUCC